UAAACGUCAAAUCGCAGAAAAAAAAACAUAUUCAUAAAAAACAUGGCGGGUGGAGAAGUGGAACUCGCGCAAUCUGCGGCUCCUGGAGGCGAUACGAUAUUCGGGAAGAUAUUGAGGAAAGAGAUUCCUGCUAAAUUCGUCUAUGAAGACGACCAGUGUGUGGCCUUCCACGAUGUGAACCCGCAAGCACCAACCCACAUCCUGGUGAUCCCAAGAAAGCCAAUCCCUCAGCUGUCUAAAGCGGGAGAUGAAGAUGAAAACUUGCUAGGACAUCUGCUUUCUACAGCUCGCAAAGUUGCAGCCCAAGAAGGUUUAGACAAAUCUGGAUUUCGAUUGGUUAUUAACGAUGGGAAGAAUGGUGCGCAGAGUGUUUACCAUCUACAUAUUCAUAUUCUAGGGGGGCGCCAAAUGCACUGGCCCCCUGGCUAAGUGUUGGUGUUUGUCUGUGGUUAAUAAAGCGAAUGUUGAUCUAUAUAGAAAG